AUGACUACCACUCUCUCUCACGCGGCCUUCUCGGCCAGCACUCCCAUUCCAUCUGCAUUCACCGUGUACGAUAAUGGCUUUUACAACAUCCUCGGCCCCACCCCGAAGCUGGAAGUCAUCCUGGAAAACAACGACUUCCCUUUUGCCCACGAGGCAAGUGUCUAUGUUCCAACGACUGAUGAACUGUUCAUGUCCAGCAAUAUGUUCACCGACCCAGUCACCAACGAAACAACUAUCAAGAUAUCCAAGGUGAACGUGACCGCAAACCCAGUCAGCGCCGAGAUCCUCAACUCGACCGUCCCUAUGCCCAAUGGCGGCGUAAACCACAACGGGGGCAUCCUCUGGACCGGCCAGGGCACGAUGAACACCACAGGUGGUCUAUGGCAGAUGUCCGCAAAGUCGCCGAACAAGGCGGAGUUUAUCGUGGGAGGCUUCUACGGCCGCCAAUUUAACUCCUUAAAUGAUGUUGUUGUCGCCAGCGAUGGCUCCUUCUGGUUCACGGAUCCCAUCUACGGCUGGGUCCAGGGUGUCCGGCCGAAGCCCAAGCUGCCAUGCCAGGUUUAUCGGUAUGAUCCUGCUACCAAGGCUGUGCGCGUUGUUGCAGAUGGAUUCGGUCGGCCCAAUGGAAUUGCUUUCUCGCCUGAUGAGAAGACCGUGUAUAUUACUGAUACUGCCGAGACAAUUGGUGAUGGAACUACUGAUCCGCUGAAGCCUGCCACUAUCUAUGCUUUCGACUUGUCCACUAUCAACGGACAGCCCUUCCUGACUAACCGCCGGGUUUUUGCCAUGCCCGGUGAUGGUAUUCCUGAUGGUCUCAAGGUUGACCAGCACGGGAAUGUGUACGCUGGCUGCGGUGACGGUGUCAAUGUUUGGUCUUCUGGCGGUGUCUUAUUGGGUAAAAUCCUGGUUAAGGAUGGCACUUCGAACUUCUCUUUCGGCAAGAAUGGGCAGAUGUACAUUCUCAACGAGAACAAGAUCUACCGCGCGCAGCUGAACAGCACUCUGCGCAGCACUCUCUGGAAGAACUAA